AUGCCCGGCCGCGGUGGUGGUGGUCGAGGAGGAAAUCGAGGAGGUGGCCCCCUCCCCCGCCCCGUACAAGUCUCCAAAAAAAUCUCCUGGCUCCUCCGGCACGGCGCCGAAAAAGAAGGCCUCACGCUGGGACCCGGCGGCUACAUCAAUGUGUCCGAAGUCCUCGCCAACCGCAACCUCAAAUCGCUCAAAGUGACUUUCGACGAACUGCGCCAGAUCGUCGAGGAGAAUGAUAAGCAACGGUUCACGAUGGUGGCUGUAGAACAAGGGGAGGGACAGACACCCCUCCCAUCGAAUGACCCGAAAGAUUACCUGAUCCGCGCGAAUCAGGGGCAUAGUCUGAAAGUCGAAGAGGAAGGGUUGUUGCAACCCAUCACCGAGGAGAAUCUCCCCGCGACGGUCGUCCACGGCACGACGCACUCCGCCUGGCCGCUCAUCGUCUCCUCGGGAGGACUGAAACCCAUGGGUCGAAACCACGUCCACUUCGCCUCCGGCCUACCCGCCGGUUUCACUUCCCUCGUCGACUCUUCCUCCUCCACCAGCAGCAGCAGUACCAAUACCACCAACGCAAACGAAGUCUCCGCGCCAGUGAUAUCCGGGAUGCGGAAAUCGUCGACCGUGCUGGUUUUCUUGGAUGUGGUGCGGGCGAUGCAGGCGGGGAUUAAGUUCUGGGUGAGUGAUAAUGGGGUUGUCUUGACCGAGGGGAAUGAGGAGGGGGUUGUGCCGUUGGAGUUUUUCCGGAGGGUGGAGGAUCUCACGGGGGAGGGCGUUUUGGUUGAGGAGGGGAGGGUUGUGAAGGAGGCGCCGGGGACGUGGAAUAAAGGUGGUGGGAGGAGUUGA